GUUAGUGAGCGUGGCCGGGGAGGGAGGCGCGGUGUGGAGGCCUCCAGUGUUGUGCUGGAGCAGCUGUGGUCCGCCCGAGUCCUCUCUCUCUCUGGCUGUGUCACAUCUGUACUCUCUGCCACACCUGCUGGCUCACCCACUCAAGGGAUGUGUAUAGCGAUUACACGAGGAAUAGUUUCGUGUAAACUGCGUGUGAAAACUGGACAAGUUUACUCAGCGCAAGGUUGACAUGAUUAUUUUUCUCCGUGGCAGCCAGAGACUGUGUUCUACUACACCCCCUGCCAGAUUGAUCAGUCUGGCUAUUGUUGCUCACACUUCUUGAUCCACGAGGGGGCACCACAGCCCGGUUGAUGAAGAAGCAUUCACAGAUAAUUUGCCACCAAGAUGGUUUUGUUUGAGCGAACAAUGAGCGAGUCGUCGGAUGACAUCGAUAUCCGACCACUGGAGCUGGAAGACCUAAGGAGGCGGCUGGACGAAAGUGAAAAUGAAUGCCAAUCAUUGGCACCCAGCAGUGGGAGUAGAUUCUUCUCUGUGGUGUACCGUGCGGGUCUCAAGCGGAGACGGGAGAAGAAAGAUGUUGACAAGAAGUUGAUGGCUAGGAUGGCAUGGAAGAAUGCUGUGUUGAAGGCUCGUGCUCUUGGGGAUCCUUGGGAGAAAUUCCAUCUAGACACAUACAAGACUGAGAAGGCUAAACGUCACCGUUACAAUGCUAUGCGGCAGACCUGGGUGGUUGAUGAAGUUGUGGUGAAGAUGGAAAAUCAUUCCUUCAACCAUGGAGCUAUGAGGGAGUGCUUUCGAAUGAAGAAGCUGAGUAACUUUUCAAAGGAUGAUUGGAUGCGUGCUCACAACUACGUAGCAAAACGUUACAUGGAUGAAGAGACUCCCAGGUCAACAUACUUUGAUGAUGUUAAAUUGCAGAUGGAUGCCAAAUUGUGGGGAGAAGAGUAUAACAGGCAUAACCCACCAAAAAAGGUAGACAUAUUCCAAAUGGCUGUGCUAGAAAUGGUGGAGCGUGAGGGCAGCCCACUGUUCCACCUUGAGCACUUCAUAGAGGGUCAAUAUGUCAAAUAUAAUUCCAACUCUGGUUUUGUACGCUGUGAGGCCAUUCGUAUGACUCCACAAGCAUUCUCCCAUUUCACCUUUGAAAAGUCUGGACAUGAAUUAAUUGUAGUGGACAUCCAGGGAGUUGGUGAUUUGUACACAGAUCCUCAGAUUCAUACCAGUCAUGGAGAUGACUACGGAGAUGGUAACUUAGGAACACGAGGAAUGGCAUUGUUCCUGCAUUCACACCAGUGCAACUCUAUUUGUGAGAGCCUAAGUCUCACACCAUUUGACCUGGCCCCUUCUGAGAUGGAUGAUAAUCAAAAUAUUGCCAAUCUGCAGGCCUCCUGCAAGACAGUGGUUCGUGGCACUGAAGAAAUAGUAGUAACACCAACAGAGGAGGAGAAAGAACAUAUUCAGGACUACAUCCGCAUGCGUUCCCUCUCUUCAGGAUAUGGCUCUGGGGAUGAUAGGCCAAGAGUCAAGCUUACCUCAAUCAGUUCUGUAGAUUCACAGGAAAGUGAUGACUUGCCCUUGAUGUCUGAGAGUGAAGAUUCCCUGGUAGAUUCUGCACGUCGAGAACAAAGACGACGGCAGUUUUCUUAUAAUGCCAGAAUACGUCUUGACUCUAUGACAGACUCUGGCACUGACACGGAAUCCAAAGAGCAAGAUCUCCUGCGGGUAUGUAUGUCACUAUUAUUAUUAUUAUUAUUAAUACAUUUGGAUCUUGCCAAAUAUCAUGAGUUAAAUAGAUUUGUAAAGGAAACUGAAUCUUAUGAUAAAGAAGCAGCUAUUUUUCAUUUGAACCAAGCAGCCAAAUGUGGCAUUCUUGAAGCCAUUAAAGCUAUAGCACAUCUCCAUCUUGGCUUACAGCAUGACAUUCUGCCAGAUGUCGAGUUUGAAGAAGAAAAGUGUGACGCUGAAGUAGGGUUUGACUAUAUGUUGAUGGCUGCAGAAGCAAACGACCGUGGUGCUAUGAUCCAUAUCUCCAAGUUGUACGAGACAGGCAUUGGCCUUCCUCCCUCCAGGACUGUUGACUGGAAUAAGGCAGUGCACUGGCUGGAUAAAGUGAUAAACACUGAUACAGUUGAUGAAGAGGGUAACUUUGAUAGUAUGAUGGAUGAUCCUCGGUAUCAGCUGGUGGCUAAACAAGCACUCAUGUAUUUAACUGGGGGUAAAGGCCUUCAAAAGGACCCAAAUAAAGCUGGAGAACUGUAUAGUUGGGCUGCAGAACUAGCAACAGAAGCCAUGAAAGGUAAACUGGCUUCCAAGUACUUCAUGCAAGCUGAGGAAGCCUGGGCACAAUGUGAAGAAUAACGGAGAUGAUGAAAGAUGGCUCAAGCAAUUGUCUAAGGUGCAAACAUAUUUGUCAAAGAAACAUUGUACAUGUAUAUCAAGGACGUUAGUUAUAUGGUACAGUAUUAAAAUUAUUAUAUUCACAAUAAUUUAACUUGAUAAUUAGAAAAUAAAUUGUAACAAUUAUACAGCAUGACUUAAUGAUUUGUGCUAAAGGCUCAAAUAAAUUAUAAGAUUUAAAUAGAUGUAAACAUUAGGCCAUUAAUUAACCUGAAAAUAUUAAGAGCACGAAUAAGGCUUUGAGCAUUGUGUGUGGAAAGUUAAAUCUUUGUCUGCUAUUAAGGUUCAGUUAAGUCAUUUAUUAUGUACCCAAGACCCAUCCUCUGAGUAGUAGUGGAAAUGGUUACAGAGGCACAUGAUAGGUUCACAAACUGAACCCCAAUGUAUUAAGGCUUUGGUGUAAAGAGGUGUGUUUGUGUGGUAAUACAAAAUGAGUCAGUGUUGGAGGUGUUACACAAGUGUUAUCUGGUAUUCUUUUGGGUUAAACAAUCUCCUAAACAAUAAUAAAAAUUCCCAUUAAUUUGAACUAGUCACUAAUAUUGUCAGCACUGUAGUGUCUUAAACAAUGAGAAUAACUUCCUUAUUAUAGUCAUAAUGUCUGAGAUAGUUUAUAGUCAUAUUGUCUGAGACAGUUUUAAGUGGUUAAAAUACAAAGGAAUAAAAUAAAAUGAAAAAUCAUCAACUUGCUACCUGUCAAAAAUGGAUGGAAAGAUGAAGCUUGGAGAUUUAAUGUUCUGUAUUGUACUGUGAAUUUCUGAAGUAACACAUUAAGCAUAUGUAUAUGACUUAAGUUGAACUAAAGUUCAUUAUAUAACCAAAAAUUUGUCAAUCAAAACUAAUUUUCCCAUAAAAAGUACUGUAAUGUAAAUUGAAUUAAUCCGUUCCACGCCCCCAAAAAUAUUAACUUAAAAAUACUUUUUAUACAUAAUACUACUCAUUUUUCACACAAAACAAUCAGGAAUAAAUAUAAACCAUAAAUAAAUAAGUGAACAUUUAACUGCACUUUACCUUUACUGAUGACUCUUGGGACUCUUGGCAUAUGGAAGACAGUGAGGAGGGAGGGAAGAGCGGUGUUGGUGUAUGGGGAGGGUGAGGAAGGAGGGGGGGAGAGGUGAGACCAUCCUCUGCUCACCUUAAACACUUUCCUAUCUGCAUCACUGGUUCAAAUUUUCCUUUCAAACAUUUCACUGCAUCCACCCCCCUAUCCAUCCAUCCAGUCCUCCCACAAUCCAUCCAUCCAGUCCCUAUCAACCAUCCAUCCAUCCAGUCCCUAUCAUCCAUCCAUCCAGUCUCUU